AUGGUGCCGUCGGGUGAUGUGCUACAGAUGGUGGCCGAGCGGCUCACCGGGCCCGAUCGCCUCAGCCUCGCCUCUACCACACAGAAGAACUACGACCUGCUGCGCCAGUGGAGCGACGUGACAUCGCUGCUGCUCGACACGGACGAGGCCCACGUCGCCGGCAAGAUCUUCACCGGACGCCUGGAAAAGGCGAAAAGCUCCUCCGAAUCGGCCACUUUCCUCGAGCAGAUCGCCGCGUUGUGCCCCAGCAUCCACAAGAUCUCCAUCCAGCAUCAACUCGGUCAGGCAGAGAUCAACGCCCUCGUGCCGUACGCCCCCUACCUGCGCCAGCUCGACCUGUCCUCCGACAACUUUCUCGUAACUGCUCGGGGAUGGCGAACGCCCGUGUUCAACACCACAUUCCCGAAGCUGAAGACGCUCGGCAUUCUGAAGCGCAUCGACGAGGGCAAGCUGCUGUUGAAGCGCCAGAUGACGCUGCAAAGUGCCGAGGAGCUGUUCUCGCCCUCUUUGGAAGAGUUGCGCCUGACCGGGAUCGCCCUCCGCUCCGAAGUCCUCACGAAAAUCGGCACGCUGACCAACCUGCGUGUCUUGCACCUCUCCGGCUGCAUCGUCGACACCGUCAGCGCCCUUCUUAUUGUCAAUUUCGAUAAACUGACGCACCUGACGGAGCUCUCGCUGCCCGCCUCGCUCUUCUCGAUCCAUCGCCCGCCACCACCCGCCACCAAAAAGAUCGAGCCGCUGCCGUUCACCCUGAAGCAGUUGACCAACUUGCAAACGCUGGAUUUGCACUGUGAGAUGAUGGACAACGACUUUUUCAAGCGUUGCAUCGAGGAGUUUUUCCCGAAGAAUCUCGUGCUCCUCCGCCUCAACGGCUUCACCUGCCGGCUGCCCGACCCGAAGAAGCUCGACGUGGCCUACAAAUUUCAGAUCCAAUUUGUGCGCCCGGACGUUAUUAAGAUGAAGGCGUUCAAGGGCUCCAACGACAACUGCAAGCUGAUCUCCGAGAUGUACUGGUGCGACCCGUACCGCCCUAUCGCGAUCCCGACGCCAGAGCGCUGGGCGACGCAAGUGCCCGAAGCGACCAAGCCGUUUCCGGAAAAUCAGCUGGCCUUUGUCGAGAAGUCGUUGAUGCUGGACGUCCAGGCGUCGUCGCAGGAGGGCGUGUCGGCCAUCUCGAGCACGACGGCUCAGCACGGAUCCCCUGCCCGUCGCGAUGGACUUGAGCCGCCCGACGACAACGCGUUCCUGAACCUACUCGACAUGCUGCAGCUCGGCCCCAACUUUGAGGACUUUGGCGCCCCUCCGGCUCCGCUGGCGCUCCCAGCCCCGCCUCCUCCUCCGCCCCAGCCGCCGAGGCCUGUGGCCAGGCCCAUCUCGCCUCCGAUGCGUACGGCUCGCCAGCGGUCGGUGUCGACCAUCAGAACGGCAUCUUCUGGCGCCACCACGAUUCCCAGCUCGUCGACCACCCGCGGCAGCACGGCGUCGACCAAUUCUCGGGACGCGUCGAGGCCUCGUAGGCGCCGCUCCACCUCCGUACCACCGCGUCCGGCGUCUGCCGCCACCUCGGCUUCGGCCGGUUCGACGCCCCACCAUAGUGCCCGCUCGGCCACCAGGACCGCCACGGCUUCAUCGGCAGCUGGAUCCGCUUCGACGGCGACUGCUGGCUCACGCGCUGCCCAGCCCUCAUCUACCUCGACGGCUACCCGCAGAUCGCGUGCUUCCAACUCGUCGUCGGCAUCCACCGCCACCAGGACUGGCAGGCGCCGUCGUCGUGGCAGCACGGCCAGCACCCCGCCGCCCGAGCAC